AUGAACAAUCGCUCCAUCGCCUGGUGGUUGAGACGGAUCGGCCUUCCACAGUACACCAAGACGCUGGAAUGUGAAUAUUAUGGUCUGGAGGGUUUGCAGCAUGUGACUGAUGCAGAGCUGAGAGAUGCAGGAGUUGAAGAUCCAACCCACAGAGAACGGAUCCUGAACCAACUGUCCACAGACAGACGGAAAAUGGAGCCGCAGACGGGAGUGCGACUCCGAGAGCGUAGGGUGAGCAGGAAGUACUCGCUGGGAUCAUCACUGGACCUGGUGAAGCCUGGAAAGGACAUGUUUCGUCAGAGUGUUUUGCCCCGCCUCCAGCGUGAACACAACAAACAGCGUCUGUCUGCCUCCUGCUCUCAGCUGCGCCCCCUGGAGGACGACAGAAGUCAGGACAACAAACGCAGUAAGAGGAGGAGUGUCACUGCAUAUCUCAGCCAGCUCAAGCUCUUUGGUGGUCGACGAGAGAUGGACUUGUUAAAGAAGGAGCUGGAGGAGGAGAUGAAGCUCGGUACGGACGACCCCAGGAGCCACGCCUGGUAUCACGGCCCGCUGCCCAGAGAGGCUGCAGAGACUCUGUUUGAAAGAGACGGAGAUUUCCUGGUGCGAGACUCCAGCUCUUCCUCCGGUGACUACGUUUUGAGCUGCUAUUGGAUGAAUGGACCCAUGCAUUUUAAGAUUAUACGGGUGGUUCUACGACCCAAGAAGGGCUACACUCGGGAACUGUUCCAGUUUGAGGAGGAUCGCUUUGACAACGUCCCUGCUCUGAUACGGUACUACGUGGGAGGGCGUCGGCCCAUAUCGCAGGCGUCCGGCGCGGUGAUCUUUCACCCAAUCACACGGACUCUUCCUCUCCGCGUCAUCGCGGAGCAGCACGCAGGCAGCAGUAAAGCAGGAGGGGAGAAAAACGGAGCUCCAAACAAGAGGCGGAGUUUGUGCUCCACACACACUGACUCACUGCUGUGUGUUAACCCACUGCUCAGAAGCGGCAGCCAGCCUGCCAACAUGGAGCACGUGGGGCGAGGACCCCCCCUUCAGUCGGCACAGUCUGACAGCAACCUGAGAACCGCCACAGACUGGGCUCCUAGAUCACAGGGAGGAAGCAUGGGUCGAGGUCGACUCAUCAGCCAAUACGCAGAGGGGGGGGGGACGGGGGAGACGGGGGAGGACUGGCAGUUUCAAAGGCCACAUGUGGAGUCAGGGUCCUGUUUCCAGUUGGACCAGUUUGAGUCACUGCUUUUACCAGAGAACAACAGACCUCUGGAUCCCAGCAUCCUGCUGGCCCUCAAGGAGCUCUUUAACCGCUCGGAUGCCAACACUACAGCUCUGCACGUGCUCAGUGUGGACUGCCAGGUUGCACGUGUGGUGGGUGUGUCAGAAGAGCAGAAGAGGCUCAUGGGAGUUGGGUCAGGACUGGAGCUUGUCACGUUGCCACAUGGACACCAACUACGACAAGAUUUGUUAGAAAGGCAUCAUCUACUAGCACUGGGAGUGGCAGUGGACGUCCUGGGCUGCACGGGAACUGUGAGCCAAAGAGCAACUGUUUUACAUAAAUUCAUCUUAUUGGCUCAGGCCCUGAAAGACCACGCCCACGACCUUUACUCCUUCUCAGCCGUCAUGAAGGCUCUGGACAUGUCUCAGGUGGUGCGGCUGCAGAUGACGUGGCGAGCGCUGAGGAGGAACCACACCGAGAGUGCCGUUUUAUAUGAGAAGAAGCUGAAGCCCUUCAUGAACUCGCUGAACGAGGGCGACGAGUCGGUGGUCCAGGGCCCGGUCGCCGUGCCACAUCUGAUCCCUCUGCUGAUGCUGAUGGAGGGCGAGGACCCAGUGGAGAACAGCGACAGGGGCUGUCAGCUUCUCUACGACCUCCUCCAAUCAGCUCGCAGCAUCGCAGUGCACGCCGAAGACUACCAGAGCCACGCCCACAGUCUGCUGUCAGGAGGCUGGGAGCCCGUCCCCGAGCUGCUGGAGGCCUGCAGGACGGAGUUCGCUCUGCGGCUGCUCUGGGGUCACGCCGGCGCCACGGCCAGCAGAAACGAGCGCUACGAGAAGUUUGACAAGAUCCUUUGUGUCCUCUCCGAUAAACUGGAACCCGUGGAGGUCACACCGCACGAGAACGACCUUUUGACCUGAUGUUUUUGGUUUGCUAACUGUCGUAGAAAACACAGAUUUGACCCUGGAUAAAAAAAAAGAUGUUUUCUUCCUUUCUUUGGUCAGAGGAUGUGAACGUUUACUGUGUGCAGACGUUGACUGUUGAAUUUCUGAUGUUGUAAAUAUUCUCUUCGUGUUAAUGAGAAAGUGCUUUUUGUUUUUCAAGAAAUAAUAAAUUUAUAUUUUCAUCUCAG